AUGACCAACGAGAGCGAGGUGGUGUCCUCGACGCAGCACCUUCAGCACCACCACUCGCAUCUGAUCGCACCCCCGCUGUCCAACUACUCGAUGACUGGCGCCGUGGCCAGUACCGGCAGACCAUCAACCACCUCCAGUGUCAUAUCCUGUCCGACCCAGGUUCAAAACAGCAGCCUGGACUCGGGAUCCGGUCAGGAGCGCAAGCCCGGCGCCCGGAGGCAGGAGAAGCCACCCUACUCGUACAUAGCUCUGAUCGCAAUGGCCAUCCAGUCGAGCCCCGGCAAGCGGCUCACGCUGUCGGAGAUCUACGCGUACCUGCAGCAGCACUUCCCGUUCUUCCGUGGCAGCUACCAGGGCUGGAAAAACUCGGUGCGGCACAAUCUCAGCCUGAACGAGUGCUUCAUCAAGCUGCCCAAGGGCCUCGGCCGGCCCGGCAAGGGCCACUACUGGACCAUCGACCCGGCGAGCGAGUUCAUGUUCGAGGAGGGCAGCUUCCGCAGGCGACCCCGGGGCUUUAGGCGCAAGUGCCAGGCCCUCAAGCCACCGUACCACCACCAUCCGCAGUUCCACCACCACUUGGGCGUUCAGGUGCCCGGGCCGUACGAGAACGGCUUCGCCGGUGCGGGGGUUGAGUACGCCAACGGGUACCAGAACCAGUAUCAGAACGGGUACCCGGAGUACGCGGUUUACGGGGCGGCGGCGACGGCGGAUUGGCCACCGGCUUACGGGGACAGCUGCGGGCCGUACAAGGCCCCAGCGGCGCCCAUAGCCGAGGUUACGUACAAGACGACCGAGGUGACGUACAAAACGGGGACGAGUGACGUGUACAGGAACGGUGAGCUGGGCUUCAAGAGCGAGCCGGGCUACGGGCACCAGGUGAAGGAUCAGGUGGCCGAGGGGUUUCAAGGAGGGUUGAAGGAACACUCGCUCGGCCAGCACAAUCAGGAGUUGGUCGCCGAGGGUGCUGGGGGCUACAAGUGCGGCGGUAACGGUCAGGUUCAGGAUUACUACGUGGCGUAUGGGGGGCAGCCGGCGGCGUCGAUCAACGUCAACGCGGCCAUACAGGCGAUACAGUCCAUGUCGCCGAGUCCGGCCGCAAGCGCGGUCAAUUCGCCGCAUGGGAGCUGUCACACGCCCGGGGCAGAGCAGGCUCCGACCGUCCUCCUAUUGAACACCGUCGCUCCAACCCUCGUCAGCCUCAACAUGACCAACGAGAGCGAGGUGGUGUCCUCGACGCAGCACCUUCAGCACCACCACUCGCAUCUGAUCGCACCCCCGCUGUCCANGAUGAAAAUCAUCUACUUUCGCAUGAGGCUCCAGUGCUCGAGUGGCAGCAGCAUGAACGGCGUCGGCAGCGCGGUCAGCAGCUCGGGUGGCGGGAUCGUCGACAGAAAGCCGUACAUCGGGCACACGGCGGGUACGCUGGGGUCCCUGGGCUCGCUGAGCCUGGGAAGCAUCAGCAGCCUCGGGCCCACUAGCGGCGUCGCGGGCGGUAGCGUGCACUCGACCACGGCACCGUCCAUGUAUUACGAUCAGAUCAAGUACUCCAUUUAGUGGCGCUGAGGCGCCGUCGGCUGUUGUAUUACGUGCAUGUGAAAAGCGACGCAGAGACGCCAAGGAGCGUGUUGUGGUACCGAUUGGAAAUUUCGUCCUCUAGUGCCGUUGAUGGAUGUGCCUUACCGAUGUGCGUUGUAUUUCCGUGAGAAAGA